AUGCUUUCUGACAGAAUCUCCGAUGCAUAUAAGGCCGUCAGGAAGCAGCCUCAGACAGCGCUGAAGGAAGGAGUUGGCUACGCCACUAGGAUUUCCUACGAUGAACAGAUGAAGUCACAGAGAAUGCAUGGCGCGGAUGCAGACACCGGAGUCAUACCAACGAAAUGGCAAAGAAUCUGUCUAGUGAUGGGAUUCUUUCGCAAAGUUUUCAUGACCGCUGCAGGUAUUCACGACGAGAAGCAGGAACACCGUAAGGGGACCUAUGAGUGGAAGAAAGAAAAUCUGACUUCUGAACAAAUGAAACGGACAAUGGAUAAUCAAGGAAGAUUUAGUGGGAUCCCCGCUAUUCCAUCUGACAUUGGCUAUAGCAGUGGGAAGGAUAUAGAAGGAAAGAAGAAAAGUGGUGUUAUUUCUCAAGCGACGAGCAAUCCUGGAGUAAUUCUGGGAAUGGGUCUUACUUGUCUCGCCUUGCUUGGCAUGUUCAAGUCUUCCUUCAUUGGGGACAAACUGGCCGCGCAGAAGUAUAUGCGGUACAGAAUUAUGGCCCAGUUCUUUACCGUGACAGCUCUUGUCGCAGGAGUUACCAUUUUUGGUGCCACCUAUGAAGAUGAGGAUGUCAAGCAGAAGAAAGCAGUUGCUGUUAGCUAA